UUUGCGCCUUGUUCCGGAUGUUUUUGGGAAGCAAAAGUGGAUGCUGCUGGAUUAUCUCAGCUCAUGUGAUGGGGAUGAGGAGCAAAAUCUCUGCUCUGUACUGUAGGGAUGUGCUUUUAGAGGGGAAAGUGGAUGGCUGAAGGCUGUUAAUCCUGCAGGAUUACAAUCCCCCGCAUGCGUUUUAACGCCAAAUGACUGCAGAAGUGAUGCGUGAUUAAGAGCGUGAACUGGACUUUAAUGCUGAAAGCUGAACGCUGAGAGUGAGAGAAGAAAGGCUGAGAGUGAGAGGAGAGAGGCUGAGAGUGAGAGGAGGCUGGGAUCUGCACAUGGCUGCUCGGAUGGGAAAAGGAGUUUGGCUGCUUUUCCUCACCACAGCGUUGUGCGCUGAGGUGGAGGAGCGAUUAAUUAAUUACCUCCUUUCUCCUGAACGCUACAACAAGCUCAUACGACCAGCAAUCAACAAGAGCCAGCAGGUGACCAUCGCCAUCCAGGUGUCUCUAGCGCAGCUCAUCAGUGUGAAUGAAAGGGAACAGAUUAUGACCACCAACUGCUGGCUCACUCAGGUGUGGAAUGAUUACCGAUUAAUGUGGAACCCAGAUGAGUACGAAGGUGUCAUGAAGGUUCGUCUUCCCUCACAGCACAUAUGGCUGCCAGACAUCGUCCUCUACAAUAAUGCGGAUGGGACUUACGAGGUGUCUUUCUACUCCAACGCCGUCGUGUCCAGCAAUGGUGAGGUGGCUUGGUUGCCACCAGCCAUCUAUAAAAGCGCAUGUAAGAUUGAGGUGCGAAACUUUCCAUUCGACCAGCAGAACUGCACACUGAAGUUCCGCUCGUGGACGUAUGACCACACUGAGAUUGACCUGGUCCUGCUGUCCGACUUCGCAAGCCGCGAUGACUUCAAACCCAGUGGUGAGUGGGACAUUGUGUCACUUCCCGGUCGCAAGAAUGAAGACCCAGAUGACCUCACCUACCUGGAUAUCACAUACGACUUCAUUAUUAAGCGCAAACCACUGUUCUAUACAAUCAACCUGAUUGUUCCGUGUGUUCUUAUCACAUCUCUGGCCAUCUUGGUUUUCUACUUGCCCUCAGACUGUGGAGAGAAGAUUACCUUGUGUAUCUCAGUCCUCCUGGCCUUAACCGUUUUCCUCCUCCUCAUCUCCAAGAUUGUGCCUCCAACCUCGCUGGCUGUGCCGCUCAUCGGCAAGUAUCUGAUGUUCGCCAUGGUGCUGGUGACCUUCUCCAUCGUCACCAGCGUUUGCGUGCUAAACGUUCAUCACCGUUCUCCGAGCACACACACUAUGCCGCCAUGGGCCAAGAGCUUUUUCUUGCAUCGUCUGCCAGCGUUGUUGUUCAUGCAAAGGCCUGGGUCGUCCAACAUCCGUGAGAGAUUCCGGCGCAAGCACCAAAAUCGCUCGUUCUCUGAGAACACUCUUAAAAGAGAACAGGAGGCUCUGUCAGAUUCUACGUUGUUUGUGAACGAGGACCCCAAAACCCUGAGCUGGAGGAUCAGAGAAAUGCAGGACAACACAGAGAUCCGGAAACGGCUAGCAGUGAAGUGCUCAGCGGAUGUAGAGGAGGCUGUGGAGGGCGUGAGAUACAUCGCUGACAAAAUAAAGAGUGAGGAUGAUGAUGAAGCGAUCAUUGAGGACUGGAAAUACGUGGCGAUGGUAAUAGAUCGGCUCUUCCUCUGGAUCUUUGUGUUGGUUUGUGUUUCUGGAACUGUUGGCCUCUUCAUGCAGCCUCUGUUCAAGAGCUACAGCACUCCCAUGGAUGACAACACAGAGUGACACACACACACACACACACACACACACACACGAAAACCAGCUCGUGCUCACUCCCAAUUUAGAAACUGUGAAUGUGAGCUAAAGCAUUGCUCACUCUUUAACCCUGCCCUACUGUUCACUACUGUACCUAGCACUGGACCCAGGACAUGUGAUCCUGCUGACCUCAGUCAUUUGUUUAUAAAUUAUAGCAAUACAGUUUCAGAGAGAGAAUCACAGAGUACUUUACCUCAACAUAAUAUUAUGAUACAUUUUCUAUGGUAACAAAAGGAUUGAUUCUUAAUUUGCAUGUUCUCACAGACGCUGCAGUAGAUUUCAAAUAAGGGGUUAAUAAAAUGAUGCUAUAUAGGCAGUAGUGCAAUAUGCAGUGUAUUGCGACACAACCAUUUAGGUUGCAUUGAAAUAUCCUUCAAAAGUUAAAUAUUCUAUCAAAAAUUUGUAUUAACACAUUUAUCUAUUUCACAAAACAUGGACAGUUGAGAUGAAACGUUGCAUCAAAGCAGCAAUAGACAAAAAAAACUACUUUAUAGGGCUGACACACACACACACAUGCGCAAUACACACAGUUGAUUUCUUGCAUCCACAACAUAAAGAGCCCAACAUAAACCAAUGUACCUCAAACCAUUUUAACGAUGUUUGUUUGAAUAAUAAUCAUAAUCUUUUAUAUUAAUAUGAAAGACAAAGCCAAUCAGUCUAAAUGUUGGACAGUUUAUAGACCUGGGAAUAAAUCUGUUCACAUAAACACAUGCAUGUACUUUACACGUCUCUUCUCGAUUUAGUCCUUUGUGCUCUAUAUUUAGUUUGAGUUUUGUUACUAUGUUUUGUUUUUUUUGUUCAGAUUGAAUAACUGAAUUGAUUCCCAUGGCUAGAAGAUGAUGGAAUGUGCUAAUGCUCAAUAUGCAAAUCAGCAGAUUCAUAAACACCUGAUGACAAUCUGAUAGAAAUAAAGUUUUUUCAAGGAAGAAGUUUUUUUGACUUAUUAAGUUCUAGAUAGAAAAAACAGAAGUGGGAUGAUGGAGCAACUGUUUAUAGCUGCUUUAACAUAAGUGAUAACAGGAAUGUGGACCUUCC